UUCAUCGCCAGCCACGUCACGCAAUGUCAAUAACUUUGCAACCUCUGAGCCAGCCGUACACGUUUGAUUCUCCCGCGCCUAGUCCUACCCUCAUAGUCACACCUGCGCCAGAACCGUCAAGUCGACCAACGAAUGUCCCGAUGUUAACUACAAUAUAUCGGUAUCCAACAAACUGCAAAUCACAGUGGUAUCUCGGCUCCGUACCUUACGAAUACAAUACUUUUGUGUUCAGCUGGGGUGAUUCGAGGUUUGGCCCCUAUGCAGUUGAUCCGUCAUAUACUUUGUGUCUGCCAUUUUCAGCUCGCCCAAUCUAUAGUCCGGGGAUAUGCCCUGAAGACCACACAGUCGCUGAUAUCACGCAACAUUACAUGGCGAAUUCGAUAAACAAGACAACAACUUGGUGGAAAGGAAUUUGCUGUAGAAGUGAAAUGAUGUUCCACCCAUUACUCACCUCUUGGUACGAUACUCGCAAGACGGUAGCAGAUCCCUUGUGCGUUAGUCAAUUAGCUACGCCAAUCAAUGCAUAUUCCCCAAUCACAUUUUAUGGAGACAGCACAACCGUAUUCAUCGAUUACACAUCUCUUGUCUUCGGCAACAUGACCUCGGGCGCUAGUGUCGUUGAAACAAACUCCACCACGGGCUUGAAGACAUUAAUUCAAAGCGGAUGGGCGAUUGCCGGGGGCUUGCAAGUGGCAUGGGAAAUGAGCGACUUCUCUCUCUUCCCAACAGACUAUGCUUCGUCUCUCGCUGAACAGAUGAACAUAUCUCUCAACCUAUCCAUUACUUCCAAAGACCCAGGGCCCAUCACCGCGACGAGCCCACAACCGCCACCGUCCAAAAUUGAUAAAGGAUCAAUAGGUAAAGGAUCAAUAAUAGGAAUCAUUGUCGGUGCCAUUGCGGGCGCCAUUCUUCUUGGGACAUCAAUCCUCUUUGUCCUUCGCAGACGUCACAACAAACUCAAAACAAGAAAAGAUGCAAAUCGGGAGGGAGGAGAUCAAGAUCAAGGCGUGGGAAUCCGACCAUGGUAUCUGGGGGGACUCUGGAAAAGUGAGGCAGAUGCAUCGGCGGAACGAAAGGAACUCGAAGCGCAGCAUGGGAGUGGGGAGAUGGAUACUGCGUAUGAGAUUAAAGAGAUUGAUUCGAGGACGGUUUAUGUAGUUCCGGGACCGCCUGCUGAGCUACCCGCCUCAGACAAAGCGACGUUUAUAUGAACACGCGCUCCUCUGGCUAUGCAUUUUCAGUUUCUAAUACUUCUUCAUUUCAGUCAUCAAUCCAACUUCAAGAAAGCGUCUCGGAACCCCCACGGGCUACCCUCCAUUGUGCACUAGAUAGGGCGACAACAUGU